UCGCUUCCUGCUUCCGGUGUUCACUCCAGUUUUCCGGUUUUCUUGACGGUGGAUGAGUGGAGUGCUUUCCUUUCACAUUCUGACAUUUAUGCGGUAUUAUGGCUGGGUCUGCCGACGGCGCCGCAGCAGAACCGCCUGGGUUAGAAACCCAACGGAGGGAAGUCGAGGGCCUGGUCCAGAACCACCAUCUCCGCGCAGGGGACAGCUGGUACCUGCUGGACAAACGAUGGUAUGAGCUGUGGAAGGAGUAUGUCGAGACAGGGGACCAAAACUCCUCCUCCUUUCCUGGGCAUAUUGACAACACAGAGCUCUUCGAGGAUCUGGAGUCCUACCAUUUGAGGGAUGGGCUCGUGGAGAAUGAGGAUUUUGUGUUGAUCCCGGCAGAGGCUUGGCAUAAACUGCUGAGUUGGUAUGGCAGGGUGGCUGAUCAGUCCCCCCUUGAACGCAAGGUGGUGGACUUGCCCAGCACUGUCAAAGUGGAGGUAUACCCGGUGGAGAUUUUCUUGUGUCUGCAUAGUGAUAUGGAGAACGUUCUCACUGAGAAAUUCAGCCGCGCGGACUCUAUAUUUGUGAUUCAGAAGGCUAUGCGAAGGCUGUUUGAGGUACCGGAGACUGCGGAGACCAGGCUGUGGAUGAAAAGCUCUGACACAACCUGUGAGAGGCUGCGCAAUGUUCACAUCAGCGUGCUUGAGUCCUGUCUCAGCUCUGGCAUGACAGUGAUCAUGGAGAUGAGGAACACUGAUGGUACCUGGCCCAGCUCCAGACCUCAAAUUAUGAGGAACUCUAUGGACGAGCAGGACUCGUACCAUGGUCAGCCAGGAGUGUGUGGCCUCACAAACUUGGGAAACACAUGCUUCAUGAAUUCUGCCCUUCAGUGUCUCAGCAACACCCCUCCCCUGACGGAGUACUUCUUACGCAAUGGCUACCUGGAGGAGCUGAACUUCACCAACCCGCUGGGUAUGAAAGGCGAGAUCGCGGAGGCCUAUGCUGAUGUCAUCAAGCAGAUGUGGUCCGGCCGCCAUUACUCUGUGGUGCCUCGUAUCUUCAAGACCAAGGUGGGCCACUUUGCCUCCCAGUUCCUGGGCUAUCAGCAGCACGAUUCCCAGGAGCUGCUCUCCUUCCUGCUCGAUGGCUUGCACGAGGACCUGAACCGUGUCAAGAACAAGGAGUAUAUAGAGUUACGGGAUGCUGAUGGUAGACCUGACCAGGCUGUGGCUGAGGAGGCGUGGCGUAACCACCGGCGACGGAACGACUCUGUGAUUGUGGACAUUUUUCAUGGAUUGUUCAAGUCCACCCUUGUCUGCCCCGAAUGCCACAAAGUGUCUGUCACCUUUGACCCCUUCUGUUACCUGAGUGUGCCCUUGCCUGUCAGCAAGGACAGAGUGAUGGAAGUAUUUUUUGUCUCUCUUGACCCAGCAGCCAAACCCAUACAGUAUCGCUUGGUUGUACCCAAAGCAGGCAAAGUGUCAGAUCUAUGUUUGGCUCUGUCCCAACUGACCAAUGUGUCAGCCAGUCAGAUGAUCGUGGCUGACGUGUUCAACCAUCGCUUCUAUAAGAUCUACCAGUCUGAUGAAUCCCUUAGCUGUAUCCUGGAUCGGGACGACAUCUUUGUCUAUGAGCUGAGCAAGGGCUCCAUCGAGGAGGAUGGAGAUGAGGUGGUGCUGGCACUCUACCUGCGAGAGCGCUCGCACUACCGUGACUACGGCUCGGGCAACAGCAACUACGGCACAUCGCUGUUCGGCCAUCCGCUGCUCAUCUCCACGCCGCGCAGCCUGUGCUCUCGGGAGUCCCUCUACCACCACUUCCUUCAGCGUUUGGCACGCUAUGUUCGUCAGCCGGACCCAUCAGAAGAGGUGGACGAAGAAGAGGAGGCAGAUGAUGAUGACGACGAGGAAGAAGAGCUGUAUAAGACUCAGACCAAUGGAGUGAGCGAUGACGACGACGAAGAAGAGAGCGACGAGCCAGGGCCCUCCAAGAGAGACGGGGACGGCCAAGCUGAGGGCUCGGAGUCUGAGGUCAACCAUGCGAACAACGUCACGGGACAAGAGGACAGCGCUGUGGCCAAUAGCAGAAGGAAAAAGGGCCAUACUGCAGAGGAUGGGGAGGCUGCUGCAGCCACUGUCUCAAAGGAGUUACCAGAUGCUUCUGACAGGCCGCAGGCUGCCAGGCAGCAGCCCUCUGAGGAGGACGAGGAAGGCGAAGAGGAGGAGGACAUUGAUAAGGAUGAAGCUACACCUCCCAGCCCUCAGUCCAGUGAGCGCCAACCGAAGAGAAAGUGCUGUCCCGCUAAACGCAGCAAGUUGCUGUUCUCCAUCCAGGCAGUGAACUCCAACGGCACCACGGAGAGGGGCAUGGCUGAUGGCGGCAGCACGUUCUCUUUCAGCUCUCAGCCCUACGUUGCCAUUGACUGGGACCCCGACAUGAAGAAGAAGCACUACAAUGAGAACGAGGCUGAGAAGUACAUGAAAGACAGGAGCAUGGAGAUCCCUCACCAGCAGGCCAGGGUGGAUCUGCAGCAGUGCAUCGAACUCUUCACCACAGUGGAGACACUGGAGGAAGAGAAUCCCUGGUACUGCCCAUUAUGCAAGAAGCAUCAGCUGGCAACAAAGAAGUUGGACCUGUGGUCCCUCCCAGAAGUUCUCAUCAUCCACCUGAAGCGCUUCUCUUACACCAAGUAUUCCCGUGAGAAGCUGGAUACAAUAGUGGAUUUCCCCCUAAGGGAUCUGGAUUUUUCACAGUUUCUGCUGAGGAAGACGGACUCUGACAGGGAACCUCCAAGCCGAUAUGAUCUGAUGGCUGUUUCUAAUCAUUACGGAGGACUCAGAGAUGGACACUAUACCAGUUAUGCACGGAACAAGGACAACGGCCAAUGGUAUUACUUCGACGACAGCAAGGUGACCUAUGCAAGGGAGGAACAAAUCGUGACCAAUGCUGCCUACCUCUUGUUCUACCAACGACAAGACAAGAUCCGCCAGCCCAUCCUGCCUGCUCCCUCGGAUAGCUGCUCCUCAUCUCCACCGGUUGCCAGCACCACCCCCUCCCCCUUCUGUGACAAAGUGGACGGCGCCAGUUCCUCUGUCAAUAUGGAGACAGACUAAAGCAGCAUUCUCCAUCCUUAAUUCGUUUUUUUUUUUCUUGUAUGUAGGAGGGGCAGCUAUUCUUGUUUGUUUUUGUUUCUUAUUGCUUUGUAUUUGUCCUAUUCAAAGAAGAAAAACUUGAACCUACUGCCUCCUCUUGGCAUUAGAGGUGGGUCAGAAUUCUCAGGCUGGUGCACAAGUGAGAGGCACUGGAGGGCGAUGCCCCGCUGGCUCUUGGGUCUGAUGAUUGGAUGACUGCAAACUGUUGGAGCCGAAAUACCAUUUGUGGAUUCGUCCUAGGUGGUUUCCUUACCUAUAUUAACCAGGUUUAGGCUAGGGAAAAACUUCUAAAAGCAAUGAACCAGGUUCUCAUGGGUAAACAUGACUAUUAUAAGUAGCUGUCUUGCUUUAGACUGAAAUAAAAAUACCAGAUGCAGAAGAAUCAUACUCUAGUUGAAGCAAAUUCCAGACAUGUUAGAAGAUACUGAAUCCACGUGCUCCUUUCUGGAGGUUUGGGACAGUUUGGUUUGUAGUGAUCAGUGAUUCUUUCCAGUAGCCAGUGGUAAGUAGCUAUGCACUCAGUGUAGUUCUUGUCUGAGAGGAGGAACUGUUUCAUGUGUUGUUGUCUAGCUACAAGCAUCCUGCCGCAUUGCUGUCCAUGCAUUUUGCUGGUGACCUAUAGUUUUUACUGAAAGAUUCUGUUUGAUACUCGAAACAGUUUUACAUUUUAGCUUUCUUUAUUCAACGUAUUCCAGUAGAUGGGCCGUUUUAAUGCACAGAUAUUUAAGACAGAAAAGCAUCCUGUGAAACUGCUAAAAGACUGUGGGUGUCCUACGUUCAGCUUGGGUUGCAUUUCACCCUUUUCCACUUCAUAUCAGGGACUGCAUGAACGGGAAUAUAAUGUAGAAGCUGCAAAAAUCAUCACUAUGGACGUCAGACACCAUAGUGUUAGAACAGUCAUUUUACUUUUAAGGCAGAUGGCGAGCUAUUGGCUUGGUAUCAGGUAUGUGGUGAUCAGUUAUUUAUUUUUCUUAAUGAAUUAUGUUCAUAGCAGGAAUUUCUUGUCUUUGAUAGGCAGCACAUGCUUGUUUCUGGGAAAUGGCAUUUGAGUGCUUUUAGAAAAACCUUCCAUUACUUAUGAUGAUCGGCUUUUUCCUUUGAUAUGAUGACGGGAAAGGAUCUUUGUUAUGGAAUAUAACAAGAAACAUAUUUUUCAAAUCCAUAAAGAGUUUGUAUUUUUAUUGUUAAGGAAAGUAAUUAGAAUUUAGAUGCAAAGAUCUUUCUUAAUUAGUCUUAGUACUGAGAAAUUUAUCGGAGAUGUGCUUUCUGAAUACAUUCUUGACUGAUUUUUCAAAAGCAAUUGUACAGUAUUUUUAUAUUCUAAUUACUCUUGUUUUAUCAUUGGUCAUCUUGCUUAGAUGAGCAGGGGGUGGGUAUUUUUUCCAUUUUAUCUUCUUGUUAAUAAUAGAUGGAAUAUUUUAUUGUAUAUCUACCUUUUGAUAUCAAUAAAUGAAAUGUUAGGUUUUACACUGUCCGUACUACCAUGGCUCACAGCCUGUGGAUCCCACCUGUAAAGCCCUUGUCUUUUCCAUACCGAGAGUGGAUGUGCGUGUGGUCUGGCAUUGCACUUGCCUCCACAGAGCUAUCGGGGGCUGCUGACACAGCCCACGCUCACCUCACCAGCAGCAACGAGACAAGUUUCUUUGGCAUGCACAUGUUCCCGAGAGCAGACUGGUCCUCUCAUUCACAUCAUAAUGUCUUGUUAUACUUCCAAACAGAUGAGUUUGAAUAUUUUUUCCCUUUUCAACUUUUAGGUUGAUUACAUUUUUCCAUAAACCUGUUAACAAAAAAGCAGACGUUCCUAUUUUCCAUUUCGACGCAGUCCUCAUGACCAUAAUAAUUCAGCAUUUUGUCAUGUCUGCAUAAAAAUGCAUCACCUGCUACAGUUCAUUAAAAACACCUGGGGCGGGGGGCAGAUGUGUAUCCUGUGCACAGAGCUAUCCCAGAAAUGACAUUAGUCUCCCAGAGAGAUGUUGGUCGUUACAGAGUGACACUCUACUUGUUGUGUUUAGGGUGUCUUCCAGGGCAGCUGGGCCAAGUGUCCGUCUGUCAUGGGGUGCUCCAGUGCUAUUUCAAGCAAGAUUUUCAUCCACUCAUUUAACUAUGUCCUCUAGCAAUAAAUCUCAUUGUGGUUUGGUUUUAAUGGAACCAUGUGACAUGUUAAAAUUAGGGAUAGAAGCAGUCAGGCUUGCUUCUGGAUUAACUAGAUCGAGAAAAACUGCAGUCUGUUCCAUUGAUAUGUGGCACAUUUGACAAUAUUAACUUAAUAUUGUCACAUUGCUUGUUUCAUCUAAUGACUCCCACUCGCGUUACAUGUUUGCACGUAUGGCCACUGAUGUCAGCACAUGUGGGGAAGGGCUUUUAUAAUGUGUAAAGCUUUUAUACAGGCAGUAAAUUUGAUCAGGUGUUCGUUUUCAGAGUUGGGCAUUCCUCACCCAUGUCUUCCUUUAUGCACACAACAGAUUUAUGCUGCUCAUAGUUGUUACUAAACAUGGAUUUGACUUUUUUAAAUGAAACAAUUGUCAAAACAAAAGCUUACUUAUCCUUGACUCAUAAAUGCACCUAUACAGCCAUUUCCGUCGUGUUCUUCAGGGAUCAGAUAAUUGGUAUGAAUUUGGAUAAUGUAUAUCACAAUUAUGGGUUAAACGUUACUGUACCUUAAUGAGAAUAGGCUGUAUGUAUGUGAUUUACAGUGAUGACUUAUACACAGUGAUAUGACAGAAUGAGGUGAGACUAGUGUUAAUUUUCUUGCUCCAAAUUGAAACCACCCAGGUUCAGAUCCUGUGACACUUUUACUUGGAAAUGUGAUUAAAGACUUUAUUAUACAAAAUACAUGAUCAGAUCUAUAACAAAAACAUGCAGCAGGUAUUGUCUUUUGUUGAAUAUUCAAACCAGGCAACGGUGAUAUUUCCCCUUAUGAACACCCAUGAUUAAUAUUUUGUAAGUUAAUCAUCAUGUGCCAAUAACUUGACAUUUUGUACUACUUAUACCUGAAUAUGCUCAUAGAUCUGUAUGUAUAUAUAGACAUAUUGGAUCAAGAAUUUGCUGUGUGUUAUUUUGCAGUUAAAUUUACUGUAUAGAAUUUUUUGCAUGCUGUAAAAGAGUGUAAAUAAAAGGCUAUUUAAAAAUUA